UUCAAGCAUUACACAACAUAGUAAUAUACCAUACCCAGAAAAAAUUGCUGAGCUUAUGGGAGAUGAAUUUUUGAUUAUUGUAACUUCUGCUGAUCAUAUGUGCAAGAACUGUACCUCACUUUUGACUCAUAUGGACAAGUUGGAAAAUGAUCUGAAACUUGUUAAAAAUGCAAUGUUGUCAUACAUACAAAAUAAAUAUGGAAUAUUGCCUCCUGAUCAGGCUGUUAAGGGUGUUGAGAUUGUCAAUGGACACAUAAUUAAGGCAGAGGAUCAACUAGAAAAAGUUCAGUGCGACGUACCUACUGGUCUGACAGUAGGAGUCUCCUCUACUGUAACUACUGCAGCUGUAGUUACUUCGGUUCAAACUCCAUUAAAGUUAUUAAAAACACAACAUCAGCAGCAACACCAACCACAUCAACAACAAAAACAAUUACCAACACAACAAGAAAGCACUAAAAAAAUGAAAAUAUACAAGUGCGGCAUUUGUACAUUCAAAUCGAAAGAGCUUGGUCAUGUUCAAUUCCACAUGCGCUCUCAUACGAACAAAAAGGAGUCUGAAAAACCUAUUCUUAAUCAAAAAGCGGCUAAAGCUAUAACUCCGAUUCCACCAUGCGCUCUCAUACGAACAAAAAGGGAGUCUGAAAACCCUAUUCUUAAUCAAAAAAGCGGCUAA